UAAAAUAACUAAAAACAAUGGUUGUCGAAGUAUGUUCUUCAUCAUUGUUGACACACUCGCACUGGUACGGUUUCCAUAGAGAGUCCUCGGAGGUUAACGAUGGCCACCAAGGGAGGCGGCAGCGGCAGAGGGGAAGGAGGAGCCAAAGAGCUAGCAGCUCAGAUUAGCAAAACCCUAAAAGAAGGUGAAAAACUCCUCGCUCCAACCCGACGACCCGACGGCACUCUACGCAAGCCCAUUCGAAUUAGGGCUGGUUUCGUCCCUCAAGAUGAAGUUGCUGUUUACAAAUCCAAAGGCUCUAAGUUGAAGGAGGAAACUGUGCCUCCUGGUUAUGAUCCCGAACAAGAUGUCGUCACCAAACCUAAAUCCAAAUCAGCUAAGAGAAAUGAGCGAAAGAAGGAGAAGCGCUUGCAGGUAUCGUUAUCAGAUCCCCCAUUUCACAUGUUCUUUUGUUUGCGUUUCCUGCCGGAUUUUCAUACGUGUUUAUUUGAUUCCGAUCAGGGUAAAAAUGAAGCUUCAUCUACUGGAGACGAAGAACAAGCAUUGGAAUCCGUUGAGUCGAUUGCGUCCCACAUAAACGAGAUCACGAUUUCUGGAAAUCCAUGUGUUCCUACUACUACUCCUCCCUCAACUUCAAUGGAAUCUUCAGCUACAACGGAGCAUGUUCCUGAUAUUGAUAAACGAAUUCGUGCACUGAAGAAGAAGAUCCGAUUGAUGGAGGCUCAACAACAGAAAGCAGGGCAUGAUCAUGAUCUGAAACAAGAACAAGUGGAGAAGGCUGCUAAAUUGGAAGAUUGGAGGAGAGAAUUGAAACUUUUGCAGGAAACUUCUCAGGGAUCUUUAUAAAGGCAUUUUUGUUGGGAUCAUAAAGAUCGAAGGAAGCCUCAUGGAACAUCACAACAAGAUCCCUUCAUCUCAAAUUAGGUAGAGAAUCAUGACACAAAAGCUAGUCUCUUUAUGAUUUUGUGUCUUUAGUUUUACAUGAUCAUGUAGAUCUUGUUUAUUUUUCUGUUUAAGAUGUUUUCUUCAUAGUUGUUUUUUUACUUUUAGAAAAAUAUGAUCACUAUUUAAGAAGUUAAAAGAUUAUUCAAUCAUUGAUGUGUUUAUCAAAAUCACUAUUUUGAACCCAA